AAUGUCAGGGCUGGUGCAGGGCGCGGGAGUUAUUGAGAGCCUUGGUCCCUCCAACGCCACUUUUCCAAUUUUUGUCCCUCCCUUCUGAGUCGCCUUGCCAUUUGAAAGCUUCAUUGCUCUUCACAAAUUUGUGUACGGUAUGUGUUGAACCAUGGCACCAUCAAAACUGAAAAAAAGAGGAGGAAGCAACCCCAAAUGGUGGGUGACAGGGAGCUCCAUCUUUGCUCUUUUGAGCGGUUUCGUCGUGUUUUCGUUGACCAGUCCUGCCGAUAUUCAGCCGUUCUUCGUUGCCGAUGCCAUCCGACGAAUGAGUGAGGAAGGCUCUUUGGAUCGGCAUUCUAUGUUGAACGAUACGAACUCCAUUUCCACCAACAAGUACCCACCAGUUUCUUGCUCUGCUGCACUCGAGGAGGUUCGUGCCGAGGGAAACGGUGAGAUGGAUCCAAACAAAGGCGUUCUCCAUGGCAAGACGGUGCAAAUGGGCCCAAUGUAUCCAAAGUUUUGGAUCAGUUUACACGAUGUGAGCUUUGACCCAACAAGGUGGCAUGUGAUGGACUACGGAGAGUACUAUGAAAAAGCUCUGUCCAGGGCGUUCGCAGAGGUACUGAAAGACACUCCCGCUGGAUCUCGUGUGAUCGAUGUGGGAGGGAACAUUGGCUUUUUCACAAUGCUCUCAGCUGCUAACGGGCCUGUUGUAGUGGAUACUUUUGAACCAAACCAAAAGAAUCGUCUACGGGUCUGCGAGUCAAGCUUUCUCAAUCAUUGGCACAGUGAAUUUAACAAGGAUUUUGUCGGUGACGCAAAGCAACGGUCCAAGAUAAACAUCUACCCAUAUGGCGUUGGCAGGUUGGAGGGAGUGUUUUCAUUUCAUGAGCACUCUAAUCCUGGACAAGGAAGGGUCAGCGAGCAACUUCCAGGGACGGCACCAGAUGGGAACGCCUUGCAUGUGAUCACAUUGGACAACUUUGCUAGGGAACGCGGCUGGUUCACAACACGUCCAGACAUUGCAAUUCUGAAGGUGGAUGUAGAGGGGUUUGAGUACAGUGUGAUUGAAGGUGCAGCAGAGUUGUUGAAAGCUAAGAUCAUACGAAACCUAUUUAUGGAAGUUUCUGCAAGGGAGAAAUGGGAAAUGGAAAUUAACAAACCUGCACUGAAACUCGUGUUCCAGAGUGGAUACAAGCUUCACAAAAUAGGGGCAUGGAGAGGUCCAAACAAUGAUGUCAGUUUUCCUCAAGAUGACAACAUUGCAGAACAUGUUAUGCAACGUACACUGAAAGAGAAAUCCCAGCAGUUGAACCUAUGGUGGAAGUUGGACGACUGACUACCCACAGCCAGGUUGUGGUGUCAAAAACGGCCAAAGUGUUUGUCAACUUGUCAGUUCUUUUGAGAUUGCCUAGCUACCGCUAUUUGAACAAAUAAGCCUUAUAAAGAUGAAAGUGUAGUCUGGACAGGGUUUUCCGCUACCUGGUAUACCGGUAGUUCUCGUCCAGCUGGCUGUGACUACCACCACCUUCACUGCACGUUGUGGGCAUGUAUUUUGCAAGAGCUACCAUUGAAA